AAGUUCCAUGUUUUCCUCCAUGACAUUAGAUUAUGUUCCAUCAACAAAAUCCUUAGACGAUACCGACGACAUCGUCUUUCUUGGGCCACUAUGUUCCACGCAACAGUACAAGUAUCUAGCAGGAGAUACCAAUUUCCACAGGCGAAAAACUUUAUUGAAUUAUCCGCCACUGAUAUCGGGAGGAACAGUCCACGAUAAUGCAGGGAAAGCUUGGCAGGAGGCCGGGCACGAUACUGAGACAAAUAAUAGAGCAGCAGUUCAAAUUCAGCGAUGUUUUCGUGGAUGGUCUUGCCGUAGAGCAUUUCGGAGUAAACGAAACGCAGCUAUUUGCAUACAGCGCGUAACGCGAGGUUGGCUAUGUCGAAAGCAAGAGGAUCGGCGAAGAAGAGCUGCCAUAGUACUUCAGCAGCUAGUGAGAUGCCAUUUAUGUCGAAGAGAUUUCCUAAUAACCCGGAAAACAACGAUUCAGCUGCAAAGCUUGAUUCGAAGGUCCUCUUUGCGAAGAAAGUUCUUGGCCACCCGCCGCGCCGUCAUCCUGAUACAAUCUUAUGUACGUGCAUGGCUCUGUCGAAGGAGGUAUGCAGAGCAAAGGCGAAAAGUACUUUUAGCUCAGAAAUGGAUACGAGGAAGCAUCUGUAAAAGAAGAUACGCCACAACCCGACGAGCAGCUCUCACGAUUCAAGCUGCUGCCCGCAAUUGGCUAUUGCGAAGGAAGCAGCAAACUGCGGUGCUUGAAAUUCAACGAAUAGUACGAGGAUGGAUAGCACGACGGCGAUACAACGAACUAAGAUCGGCAGUGCAUCUCAUCCAAAUGCGCAGAAAGGGUGUGAUAGAGCGAACGGCGUAUCUACGAUGUCAAGCUAGCGCCUCCACCAUUCAGUCCUGGUUCCGCUCAGUGGUUGCUCGCAGGCAUUUCUUGAGAAAGAGAAACGCUGCCUUAUAUAUACAAAAAUGGUGGAGACAAGUGAAAGUGACGGUAACCGAGCGUCCAGCGCGAGAAAGCGAGAUCCAAAACUCGACGGAAGUGGACAUUCGCGCACAGCGUCGAGCGACUAUUGCUGCAGCUUUGCAGUUGAUCCGUGAUAAAAAGCGAAAGUUGCAAGCUCAGAUGGAGAAUACUGGACAGAACCCUACCCCCGACGUCAUCAAAUCCCCCGACACGGCCACAAACACAACCCGCGACCCUAGCCCCAAUCAAAAUUCUCACUCCAUCACACCAAUUGACGAUCCCUUCACGGACACGACACAUCUAUCUGCACUAUCCCCGGCCACACUUGACCGCGUCACAAGAGAUAAUAAUGUGAAAAACGCUGGUUACAAAUGCCGAUUAUCUUUUACGGUUGUUAAGAGACCACCACCAGUGUCCCCGACCAGCAGACUGAAGCAGCGGAUAGAAGAUAGACACAAGUCCGGGGAACCAUGGGAGCUUAGGGGUGGUGAAGAAGAUAUGUGGGACUCUUCUGAAAACAGCAAAACACGUCGACUACAGUGGCGACAUAACCUUGUGUCCUUUGUGGAGUUUGAUCCGAAAGAAAAAGUGGCGGCUGUUUCCGGCUCCGAGCGUCCUCCCAGUGCUCCUCAACGGCUGUCACUCAAGCCGUCGAUAUGCAGCGAACCUCACCCAUACGAAGCAAUCCCUUCUCCAGAACUAAAAAAGGUCGAAGUUAUGAUAGAGAGAUUCGUUUCUCCAAGUCCUCCUCGUAAGCCAAAAGGAAAGACCCGCGGCGGGAGCUCGCCAGGUCGUGGGCGGGGAGGAAAAAGGCUUUCCGUUGGAAAGCCACAGAGGGUUAAAAAGUAAUGUACAAUAUAAAUUUGCUCAAUCUAUGCACUAUUCCCCGUUCAUUAUCUCUUCGUCUAUCACCUCGUCCCCGCCGCCGCUACCUCGUUGCUCUUCUCCAGGAUGUUCUAAUGCUUGGACCAUCCGCCCAUCAAUAUAGUAUUCGACAUUGAUAUUUGCGACACUCCUCCGCAUCCUGUCGAGAAGAUUUCGGGCUUGGUCAUAAUACCCGUUGGCAUAAUGCGAUUCAAUCAUUAGAGCAAAUAUAUCCCCCAGACGAACUGCGUCCUGUUUGUGCUACGGGCUUAGUCUUCGGUAAACACCAAAAUAUGUAGCAGAGGACAAACAUACAUCAAUAUCGGAAACAUGCAACAGCUCUUCACAGAUUUUGAACAUUGUUACAGUAUCUGUUUUUGCAUAUUGUCUGGCUUCCACAAACUGACUGACACAGUCGAUUUUCUGUGUCAGUGACCGACUUCGGAGGAUGGUAU